UUAUUUAUUUUCCAAAUUAGAACAAGUCAAAAAAUAUGUAUCUUCAAUUUUUUUAUUAAGACCCAAGAUUUUCCCCCAUUUUCUACGUACUCGGCUCCACCAAUGAACACAGCCCAAAAUAUUUUUCCUCCAUCACAAACAUACUCUUCGGUCUUGACAAUUCUAUAAACCCGCAUUCUUCAAUUCGACAGUACAGACACACUCACAUUCAACUCUAAAAAACAUGGAACCAUUGAUUAACUUCAGAACCUUUAUCACCACUCUCCUAUACUUUUCCAUCUCCCUCUUUCCCCUUCAAGCCUACGACCCAGUGGACCGUUAUACCCUUAACUGCGGCACAACAGGAAACUCUACCGACGGAGAAAGAACAUGGACAGGAGACACAAACUCAAAACUUUUGUUAUCACCACAAAACAACAACCCAACAACUAUUUCUGUUCCAACAACAUCACAAAAACCUUCCAUCAACAAAAUCCCUUAUUCAACAGCUCGUUUAUCACACUCAAUAUUCAACUACUCUUUCCCAGUCACUCAAGGUCCUAAGUUCCUCCGUCUUUUUUUCUACCCUUCUACCUAUUCCAACGGUUUCAACCGUUACGAUGCUUCCUUCACCGUGGUAUCUAAUGGAUUCACACUUCUGAAGGAUUUUAAUGCUUCGUUAAACGCUGAUGUUGAAGGGGUUGAUACUUUAUUCAAAGAAUAUGCUAUCAACGUUGGUGAUGAUCAAAGGCUUGAUUUGAGUUUUAUUCCAAGUAGUGGAAAUUCUAAUAACUAUGCUUUCAUUAAUGGAAUUGAAGUCUUAUCUAUGCCGGAUGAUCUCUAUUAUACAUCAUCCACUGAUCCUGGUUUUUCACUUGUGGAGUCCACUAUCAUACCAGCUUAUACUAUUUCAACCAACGUUGCACUAGAAACAGAUUACCGGAUCAAAGUUGGAGUGCAGGCAAACUCACCAAAUAUUCAAGACACAGGCAUGCUCAGAAACUGGAACCAAAAUGAUAUAGACUAUGUAAGAACACCAACAUCACGCCAUUUUGACUUUGUCUCUGAAGACUUAAUAGGGAGGAACAUCACCGUAAAACCCGAUUACAUCGCACCCAAAGACCUCUACAGAACAUCACGUGACUUGGGCAUCAAUGCCACUCUCAACAAACUCUUGAACUUAACUUGGGAGUUCCCAGUUGAUUAUGGUUUCUAUUACUUGAUCAGGCUCCAUUUCUGUGAACUCGACCCCAGCAUAACUAUCGUAGGUGAUAGAGUCUUCAUCAUCUAUUUACAAGGAAACGUGGCGGAAGAUCAUGCUGAUGUUAUGAAAUGGACCCAAGAUCAAAAUGGUCUUGCUGUACAAAGAAACUACACCGUAUACAUUCCAAAGAGUAAUAAUAAGGGUAACAAGAAAGCUAGCCUCUCUCUUCAGUUGCAUCCAUAUGCUGAUCGUAGAGACACCAUAUACAGCGACCCGUUUUUAAAUGGACUUGAGAUUUUCAAAAUCAGUGAUGUGGGUUCAAAGAAUCUAGCUGGACCCAACCCGGAUCCAGUUCAAAAUCCGAAUAAACAUCAAAAGAAAAAAAGCAUAAGUGGAACGACAAUUAUCAGCGUCGUUUUGGGAAUUGUAUUCGGCGUCGUUUUAUUUUCUCUUGUCCUUUUAUUCGUUUUUAGGCAAAAACGAAAAACGGAAUUGAAAAAGGCGAAAUCAACCAACACUCAAAACUCACCUCUACCUUCGGGACUCUGCCGCAGGUUUUCCUUCCACCAGAUACGCACCGCUACGAACAACUUCGACGAACUCUUCAUCAUCGGCGUAGGAGGAUUCGGCCACGUCUACAAAGGGUACAUCGACAACGGUUUAACACCGGUCGCAAUCAAAAGACUCAAACCGGGUUCACAGCAAGGAGAAAACGAGUUCAUCAACGAGAUUGACUUGCUCUCUAACCUCCGUCACGUCCACCUCGUUUCUUUAAUUGGUUACUGCAACGACAAUAAUGAAAUGAUCAUCGUCUACGAUUUCAUGACGCGUGGAACUUUACAAGAUCAUCUAUAUAACACGGAUAACCCAGAAUUAUCAUGGAAACAGCGGUUGAAGAUUUCAAUAGGCGCUGCGCGUGGUUUACACUACCUUCAUUCAUGUGCGAAACGGACGAUCAUUCACCGUGACGUGAAGAGCACGAAUAUUCUGUUAGAUGAGAAAUGGAUCGCCAAGGUUUCUGAUUUUGGACUUUCUCGAAUUGGACCUUCAGGUGUAUCAAAGUCUUAUGUUAGCACUGUUGUGAAAGGUAGCGUUGGUUAUUUAGAUCCAGAGUAUUACAAACGACAUCGUUUAACUGAGAAAUCUGACGUGUACUCUUUUGGAGUGGUUUUAUUUGAGAUACUCUGCGCUCGGCCACCUAUUCUUAGAACUGCGGAGAAGAACCAGGUGUCACUCGCUGAUUGGGGGACAGAUUGUUAUAAAAGUGGGACACUCGAGACUAUGGUGGACCCUUCUAUGAAGGGCAGUAUAGCGCCUGAGUGUUUGAAAAAAUUUGGUGAAAUUGCUGCUAGUUGUUUGGUAGAUGAUGGAAGGAUGAGACCGUCGAUGAACGACGUCGUUUGGACGUUAGAGUUUGCGUUGCAGUUACAAGAGACUGCGGAUCAAGGUCAACAUGUUGCUGUUGAGAAUGAUGACGUGAAAGAUGGUCCUAAAAAAGACGAGGAUGAAGUGUUUAGUAGUAAGAGUGCAACCUAUUCAGGAAAUGUUUCAGAUUUUAGUAAGAGUGCUGUGAUGAGUUUAGACUAGAGAUAAUGUUUGCUUUAGAGUCAAGUGAGUGUGAUUAAUUACUAUCAUGGCUAGAACUAGAAGUCUAGAAGUUACAAAGACAUGUACUAAUUGAAUUGUAAAAUUUGUUUGUUUAUUUUGUUUUUGUUUGUGUUUGUGAUUGUAAUAACGGAAACUUCACGUGAAUUAACUAGCUCCUCCCUUACGAAUUAUAAAUA